UGGCCAGCCACGCCGGUAAAAAGUAGCCGGGCCGCGUGACGCGUCCACAGCACUGUUGUAUGAGGGAAAAUGUAUCGUCUCGGCCAACAGUACUUCUCCAAGAUCGCUUUCAAUUCUUUUGUCUUCACGGUGCCGAGAGACUAUUUUCAUUUUGCGAGACAACACAAUAAAGGCUUGUCGUGUAUUGGCUGAUUUUGGCUGAAACUCGACGGUUGAUUUUUUUGGCGAAGAAACAAUGCCAAGAGCUAAGAAGAAGAGCGGCAGAGGGGGCCAGCAUGGAAACGUGCAGCCUUUCAGCGACGAGGACGCCUCUGUCGAGACCCUCAGUCAUUGCAGCAGCUUCAGUGACACCAGUGUAGCAGAUGAAGGUGCCGAGGCCAGCGAGGACACGGCCCAGGAGGAUUUCCAGUACAAGCUCAAGGGGUUCAUUGACAGCACAGUGGAUAAGAGCGCCAAGACCAGACAGGGGGCGAUGGACGGGCUCAAGACUGCAAUGGCCACGCGCAUCCUGUACGAGUUCAUCUCAGAAAGAAGGAUGACCAUCACCGAUAGCAUCGAACGCAGCCUGAAGAAAGGUAAAGGCGAGGAGCAGCGAGCAGCAGCGUCCUUGGCCUGCCUGCUCUGCAUCCAGCUGGGCUCCGACAUCGAGAGCGAGGAGGUCUUCAAGACCCUCAAACCCGUCUUCAAGAACAUCCUAGCGGACGGUUCGGCCAAUAUUCUGGGCAGGCAGGCGGUGGCGACGAGUUUGGGCCUGUGUACGUUAGUCACGGAGGACGACGUGUUGGACGUGCGGGCUACUAUGGAGUGCUUGGAGAACCUCUUCACGCGCUCGUACGCCCGGGGUGACGGUACGUGCCCCUCUGUCAGCGCCCCCACCAGUCAGCUCCACACCAACGCGCUCCUGUCCUGGGCCCUCCUGCUCACCAUCUGCACGGCCAGCCAGCUGAAAGACAUCUUGCACAAACAUCUGCCCAAACUGCCAAGAUUGCUGGAGAGCGACGACGUCAACAUGAGAAUCGCAGCAGGAGAGACCAUAGCGCUGCUUUUCGAGCUAGCGAGAGACAUGGACCCUGAGUUUGAGUUUGACAACUGGGACGAGUUGUGUGAGAAACUGAGCGCGCUGGCCACGGACUGCAACAAACAUCGGGCCAAGACGGACAAGAAGAAGCAGCGCUCCGUGUUCAGGGAUGUCCUCAAGGCCGUCGAGGAGGGCGACUUCCAGAGUGAGACCAUUCGCUUCGGCACAGAGCGCAUGUGCAUCGACAGCUGGCUGAGAAAAAGGACCUACGACGCCUUUCGGGAGUUUGUGGGCGCCGGGAUGAACUACCACUUGCAGGCUAAUGAAUUCAUCAGAGACGUGUUCCAGCUGGGACCUCCCAUACUGGUGGACUCCGCCACUAUAAAGGCCAUGAAGAUCUCCCGCUUUGAGAGGCAUCUUCACAACUCCGCCGCGUUCAAAGCUCGCACCAAAGCCAGGAGCAAGUUCAGGGACAAGAGAUCGGACGUGGGCGACUUCUAAAAAAAAAAAAAAAAAAAACAAA